CCGCUUCCGGGGCCGCCAGGCGCUGCCUAAGAUCCAGGCAACAGGACAACGGAAACAAACAGGCGGCAGCGGCGGCGAGGGCUUCGGGUGACGUCACUGGGGGCCGGGUGACGUCACUCAGGAGGUCCCGUCAGUCAUGGCAUAAGCAGACACACAGUGCUUGAGGAAACCAUGCACUUCUGAUCCGUCCCAUCAUGGAGGUCAGGGAGGGGCCCCCGUGUGAGGAGAGGCUUCCGACUCCAGGAGCCGAGGACCACCCAACUGGCCCCCGAGAGCUGGAGGGAGACGGGGGCAAUGAGGUGAAGAAGCCGGCUGAAGACCUCAGCAAUGGAAAGAAGGAUGAUGGCGAGUUAGAGGAAGAGCUGGAUCCCCGAAUACAGGAAGAAUUGGAGCGUUUGAACCAGGCCAGCGAGGAGAUCAACCAGCUGGAGCUGCAGUUGGAUGAUGCCCGCACCGCCUACCGCCGAAUUCUCACCGAGUCCGCCAGACGCCUGAAUUCUCUGGCCACUCAGCUGGGAGCCUGCAUUGAGAAAGCCAGACCCUACUAUGAAGCCAGAAGACUGGCCAAGGAGGCUCAGCAGGACACUCACAGCGCUGCCCUGCGGUACGAGAGGGCGGUCAGCAUGCACGCUGCUGCCCGGGAAAUGGUGUUUGUGGCUGAACAGGGUGUCACUGCUGACAAGAACAGACUGGACCCAACGUGGCAAGAAAUGCUGAACCACGCUACCUGCAAAGUGAACGAGGCAGAGGAGGAGCGACUGCGCAGCGAGUUUGAGCACCAGCGGGUGACCCGGCAAUGCCAUGCGGCUGAAGCCAGAGUGCAGACCUUGCAGAAGAGCUUGAAACGCGUCAUCAUCAAGAGUCGCCCCUACUUCCAACUGAAGGCGCAGUUCAAUGCAGUGUUAGAGGAACACAAGGCCCGGGUCACAUCUCUGGAGGUCUCGGUGUCGCAGGCCAAGCUGCGAUACUCGGCGGCACUCCGCAAUUUGGAGCGAAUCAGCGAAGAGAUCCACGCCCGCCGCACUAAAGGCCCCCUGCUAACACUCAGGGCCCCGCCCCUCGGGGCGGAAGCCUCCAACCCACUGACAGACGGCGAGAUGGGCCCGCCCUCCGACACGGUUUCACUCCUUAGCCUGCAGACCAUCGCUUCUGACUUGCAGAAAAGCGACUCGGUGGAGCACUUGCGGGGUCUGACCGACGUCACCAGUCUAGAUGGGAGAGACAUGGAGUCCCAGGACGAAGAGAACGGCGAGGGCCGGGAGAGAGCCGGCGAGAGAGGAAUGAGGGGGUUGUUCAGUCAUCACAGGAGCGUCAGCCUCUAAAACAUCAAGACUCGAGUCAGAAAUACAUUUAAAGAACUUCAUUAAACCUAACAGAGCACGCGUCACGUGGGUGGAGCCAAACAGGCGCUCUUGACAU